AAAAUAAAAAUGGCAUCUUUAUCGACAAACCCAUCAAAGAAGGCUAUAAGGAGUCCCAGAGCUUCAGAAUCACAGCCAAGCAGAAGUUCAAGUGGGCAAACGGUGAAAUUCGCAAGAAGGACUUCAAGCGGUCGUUAUGUGAGCCUUGAGAGGGAUGACCUUGACAUGUCAGGAGAGAUUAAUGGAGAUUACAUGAACUACACCGUUCACAUUCCUCCGACACCGGACAACCAACCUAUGGACUCGUCGGUGGCGACGAAAGCCGAAGAACAAUACGUAGCGAAUUCUCUGUUCACCGGAGGGUUUAACAGUGUUACCCGUGCUCAUCUCAUGGAUAAGGUCAUCGAUUCCGAAGUAUCUCACCCUCAGAUGGCUGGAUCCAGAGGUUCUGCAUGUGGUAUGCCUGCUUGUGAUGGUAAGGUAAUGAGAGACGAGAGAGGUAAUGAUAUCACUCCUUGCGAAUGCAGGUUCAAAAUUUGCAGAGAUUGUUUCCUAGAUGCAACAAAAGGGUCAGGAAUAUGCCCGGGAUGCAAGGAACCAUACAAGAUUGGAGAUUACGACGAUGACGACAUGCAAGAUAUGAUGAGUGGGAGACUUCCAUUGCCAGGACUAGAUGAUUCUUCAAAGAUGGAUCGUCGAAUGUCAGUGAUGAAUUCCAAUAACAAUAAAUCUAUGUUGUUAAGAAAUCAAACUGGAGAAUUCGAUCAUAACAGAUGGUUGUUCGAGACAAAAGGUACUUACGGUUAUGGAAAUGCUUUCUGGCCUCAAGACGACAUGUAUGGUGAUGAAGACAGAGAUGAAGGUCUUCAAGGUGGAAUGGUGGAAACAGCAGAUAAACCAUGGAGACCAUUGAGUAGAGUUAUUCCAAUGCCUGCUGGAAUCAUAAGCCCUUAUAGGUUAUUGAUUGCAGUGAGGUUUGUUGUGCUCUGUUUCUUCCUGACAUGGCGUUUACAGCACCCAAACGAUGAGGCUAUGUGGUUAUGGAUGAUGUCGGUGGUAUGUGAGGUCUGGUUCGCUUUCUCUUGGAUUCUUGAUCAGGUCCCUAAGCUCUGUCCAGUUAAUCGUUGCACAGAAUUGGAAGUUUUAAGGGACAAGUUCGAUAUGCCCACCCCUUAUAAUCCUACCGGAAGGUCUGAUCUUCCCGCCGUUGAUCUCUUCGUUUCUACCGCCGAUCCAGAGAAGGAACCACCAUUAGUUACUGCAAACACCAUUCUUUCCAUCUUAGCAGUUGAUUAUCCUGUGGAGAAGCUCGCUUGUUACAUAUCUGAUGAUGGUGGUGCACUUCUGACCUUUGAGGCUAUGGCUGAAGCUUGUAGUUUUGCUGACUUGUGGGUCCCUUUCUGCAGAAAACAUGAUAUUGAACCUAGGAACCCGGAUUCUUAUUUUGCCUUGAAAGGGGACCCCACAAAGAACAAGAGACGGUCGGAUUUUGUUAAGGACAGGAGAAGGAUCAAGAGAGAGUAUGAUGAGUUUAAGGUCAGGAUUAAUGGUCUCCCAGAUUCUAUUCGGAGGAGAUCUGAUGCAUUUAAUGCGAGGGAGGAGAUGAAGAUGUUGAAGCACAUGAGAGAAACUGGUGGUGAUCCCUUGGAGCCUGUUAAGGUUCAGAAAGCCACGUGGAUGGCUGAUGGGACCCACUGGCCUGGUACGUGGGCCACCCCUUCCCGUGAUCAUAAAAAAGGUGACCAUGCUAGUAUCCUCCAGGUGAUGCUAAAGCCACCAAGUGCAGAUGCUUUAAUGGGGUGUGCAGAAGAUAAGAUCAUAGAUUUCACUGAUGUGGAUAUAAGGCUUCCCAUGUUCGUGUACAUGUCUCGUGAGAAGCGUCAAGGCUAUGAUCACAACAAGAAAGCAGGAGCCAUGAACGCACUGGUUCGUUCUUCAGCUGUUCUUUCUAAUGGCUCCUUCAUCCUAAAUCUCGAUUGUGAUCAUUAUAUCUUCAAUUGCAAAGCCGUUCGAGAGGGUCUCUGUUUCAUGAUGGAUCGUGGAGGCGAAGACAUUUGCUAUAUUCAAUUCCCCCAAAGGUUUGAAGGUAUUGAUCCUUCUGAUCGUUAUGCCAAUAACAAUACUGUCUUCUUCGAUGGAAAUAUGCGAGCAUUGGAUGGUGUGCAGGGCCCGUUUUAUGUGGGAACAGGAUGUAUGUUCAGGAGAUUUGCUCUGUACGGGUUUGAUCCUCCGAAUGUGAAUAAAAUAGUGAAGAACGGAGAACAAGAGACGCGUGCGUUGAAACCCACCGAUUUUGAUCCUGAUCUAGACGUGAACAUGCUUCCUAAGCGGUUCGGCAAUUCAACCUUACUUGCAGAGUCCAUACCAAUUUGCGAGUUCCAAGGCCGCCCACUCGCCGACCAUCCUGCAAUCAAGUAUGGAAGACCACCUGGAAUCCUUACCGUCCCACGCGAGCCUCUUGAUGCCACCACCGUCGCUGAGGCAGUUUCUGUAAUCUCUUGUUGGUAUGAGGACAAGACAGAGUGGGGAGAUCGAGUGGGUUGGAUUUAUGGGUCGGUGACGGAGGACGUGGUGACGGGCUACCGUAUGCACAACCGUGGGUGGCGCUCCGUUUACUGUGUCACGAAGCGUGAUGCGUUCCGAGGAUCGGCACCCAUUAACCUCACAGAUCGGCUUCAUCAGGUGUUGCGAUGGGCUACAGGUUCUGUUGAGAUCUUUUUCUCCAGAAACAAUGCCUUCCUUGCCACCAGGAAGGUCAAGUUUCUGCAACGCUUGUCUUACAUCAAUGUCGGUGUUUACCCCUUCACUUCCCUCUUCCUUAUCGUUUACUGCUUCCUUCCUGCACUCUCUCUCUUCUCUGGGUACUUUAUCGUGAAAACCUUGAGUGUUACUUUCCUCUUAUACCUCCUAGUCACCACUCUUUGCCUCAUCGGUUCUGCCAUUCUGGAGGUCAAGUGGUCUGGUAUUGCCCUUGAGGAGUGGUGGAGAAACGAGCAGUUCUGGCUCAUCUCAGGCACCAGUGCUCACUUGGCCGCUGUGUUACAGGGGCUUCUCAAGGUCGUUGCAGGUAUUGAAAUCUCAUUUACUUUGACUUCCAAAUCUGCGGGAGACGAGAAUGAAGACGCAUUUGCAGAGCUCUACUUGGUCAAGUGGACUUCUUUGAUGAUUCCUCCCAUCGUCAUCGGCAUGGUUAACAUAAUUGCGAUUGCUACUGCAUUUGCUAGGACAAUCUAUGCUUCCUCCCCUCAAUGGAACAAGUUCGUGGGAGGAGCUUUCUUUAGUCUCUGGGUAUUGACUCAUCUCUAUCCCUUCGCAAAGGGGCUCAUGGGAAGGGGAGGCAAGACACCCACCAUUGUAUUUGUCUGGUCAGGUCUGAUCGCUAUUACUUUGUCCUUACUUUGGAUAGCAGUUAACCCACAAAAGGCGCCUACAACGCCCGCUACUUCAGGAUUUCAGUUCCCAUGACCAGAUGAUGAUGAUCCAUUCAUGUUCAGUUUUAACUUCCACAUCACAAGAAAGCUUGAGGUUUUUCCCUUUUUUUUUU